UCUUCUAGUAUCGCGACUGAACCGCUCACCUAUACUUACGCGCUUCUUAACGCGUCUCUUGAUGCUACACAUCAUUAUAUCACCCUAGUUGGUACCUUAGUUUUACCAUAUCCUUCGAUUCCAUCCUAAUCGCGUUUAACGCGUGACGGAUCACAUGGAGUCGAAAACGAGCAGAUAUCAGUCUCGCAUCCUUAGGGAGAUGCAUCAGAAUACUGAGAAUCCUUUCAAUUCGCCACCUUCAUCUACUGGUUCCCACGGAACCAUCACACUCACCUCAAAUAUUACCGGUCCUCAAGGCGAAUCGACACGACAAAUGGACGACCUAUCUAUCAACCUACCGAGCCAAGCUGCCAUGCGCGGCGCUAAGGCCCCUCAACCAUCCUCUCUAAACAUCAAUACUUCUGUACUAGGACGAACCUUCCCUGAAUGGAGCCGCUGGAAUCCUAAUGGACUGGAAGACGAGAAGGACAUGUGGGAAACUGCUAGUGACGACGUCCCGGUCUCCAAAGGAAAGGAGAACGUGACACCACUUGGAAGCCCUAACUCAUCCGCGGUCGCUACCCCUAGAGCAGAAGAGUCUGACAGGGAUAAGGUUAGUAAAAACUUUCUAGAUCAUGUCAAGCCGCGUAUGCCAUUUGCUGGAUUAGAGAAGCUGGAAGGCGCAAGGCAAGAUAUCCUCACCCUUGCGCAGCAAUUUCGGGACGUGAACAGGGAAGUCGACCGGGCUGUUCAUGCUGCCCGUGUCGCGCGAACAGAUCGAUUACUCUAGGCGAGUGGUCGUCGAACGCCUACCCAUGAAAAUAGCCCCGAUUGCUUACGUCCAAGCGAAGCCACGACAAAUGUCCGAAGCUUGCGUGAGGAAGUCUUGCCUGCCGCCCAGGAUAUUCCUCCCAAGGGAAGCAUUGCUACUGCAAAGCAGUGCAAUGAUUCUGCAUUUCGUACCGAUUCCUUUAUUUCCGAGUCUUCAGUUUCCACAUCUGUUUCUGGUUCUAUUUCUAUU